CGGAUGCCUGAAGUAUCGCAAGGAUAUUCCUAAUAGGGGUCGCGGUCGGUGCAUUGACAAGCAUACAAAUCCUCGGUUUCUGCUGUGGGUCACUGACUUGGAACGGGCAGAAUAUGUCAUCAAUGGACAGCGAGAAAGCAGGAUCGAGCCCGGAGCUUCGCGUCAUUUCGACCUCGCUCUGUACGCACGUCAAUGUUGCUCAACAUGCGCGGUGCCUCCCGUGCUCCAACCAUCAUCCCAUUUUCCGCGAUUAUCAACCACCAGGACUUCAUUACGCCCGCAGAACGCAUCCACUUGCGCUACCUCUCACCUGCCGAUACAGAGGGUUCGAUAGUGAAUCACGAGACCCAUCUGCCGCCUGCGCAGGCAAAGCACUCCGUCCCGCUCAUUCGCAGCCACGAGCCGGAUACCGCGAGCGGAAAACACUGUUUUUAGGACG